UGUACAAGUGCAUGAAGGAGGUUGAAAAAUGUGUACUAAUCAUGAUAUUUGUGGAGGGGGGGAGGGGGCACUUAACAAGCACACAUUAUCAUUUUGACCGACCCUCUGACUAAUAAAUAUAAACUCGCAGUCAAGUCGGUUUACCUAAACAACAAAAAAGCACGAUAUUGCUAAAAAAAACUGUAGAAAAAAUUUUGUAAAGGUGCCACACAUAAUAAAUGGAGUAGUAAUUAUACCCUUUUCAUAAUUUGUGAAGUGCUACUGGUUAAUAUUAUUUAUUAUUCCUUGUCCGACAUGCCUUUAAACUUUAACUUCUCUCUUCACAACAAUUGAUCAUCCUCCUCAAAAAAAACUCUCCAAUCCGACCAAAGUUCUCACACGAUAAUAUAAUACUAUGCGGUUUUUGAAAGUUUGUUCAUAAUUUUGAAAUUCGUCGCUUCAUAAUAAUAAAACAGUUUGACUUAACCGAUCAAGGUGCCGAGCCGCGGAUUAUCAACAGCAGUCUGAUUUGGAGUGGGGAGAGAAAAUUGUUGUAAUCGAUUGUUAUAAAAUUAUGACCGUAAACCGUAACAUACAUUGUUGAAUCGUCGUCGUCGUCGUCGUUCAUCGUUGUUGUUAAUACUUUUACAAAGUAAUUUAAAACAGAAUAGUAAUCAGUUUCAUUGAAUCAUUCAUUUGAUGAGGAUUCUUUUUUAUUAUUAUUGUGAUGAUUCGGUUCUUUGCACAUUUACAUUGAGUUACUUGAACUGAUCUUCUUACAUACUAGAAGUGGGGAGAAUUGAAUUGAAAACUAUUUACUGCUGCCAUCAUCAUCAUCAUCAUGUCUAAUCUCUACACCACAAUUAGCAAGGCAGCAAUAAUACCUGUGUGUUGAACUAUCUACUACUGUUAUAUCAGUCAGUUUUGGAUACGUACAUUUCUUUACGAGAGGAAGAGAGAGUGAGAGAAUUUUUAUUACUAAAGACUUUUAAUCAAUCCAACUAGUAACGGCGGAUGUUGCGUUAAGUCAACAAUUAAAGAAAUUGAGGAGUGAGUUAGUGACUGAAAAGGUACUGAAACCACACCACCACCUGCCACCACCCACCCACUCUCGAGUGCAAACCACAACAAAUACAUAUAAAUAAUACCUCUUUUUUUACUACCAAGUAAAGUAAAGUGCAGUGAAUGAAUAGUAAAUAACUGAACCAACAAUCAACUUCAACAGAAGAGAUUCGACUUCUCGCGAGCUUUAAGUUUAACUGCUCUCAUAUAUAUUGUUGUAGUAAUGAUGAUGACGGCGAAUGGAAUCAGAGCAGGAAAAGAUGGACGAGUUGCCGAGAAGAAUAGUAAUACUAAUAAAUUGUGGAUAAAUCGAGGCGAAUUUUGAUAAUUGAUUCACCCUAAGUAGCCAGAGAGAAGGUACCUUAAGUAAAAAAAAUAUAUAAUUUGUGUAAUUGCAAUAAUGCAACUUUCUAAGUAAACAGUGGGAGUAAUAAGAAGUAAAGUAAAGUAAUAAGUGGUGGUGCGGAGUCAAGUCGGUUUUUAUUUCACUUGUGCAAACUUAUUAUUUUGUGUAAACGGGACGUGAUUCACCAGUCAGGGGUGUUAAGUGGAGGUGACAUAAUCAAGAAAAUGUGUAUUAGUGGCAAUAUAAUUGCACCAGGAGGAAGCAAAUAAUAAAUAAGUGAGAAACUUUUCGUUUCAUUUAACCGAGUCCACUAAAUAAUCCAUCCAAUUGAGAAGAAUUUGAGAAGAAGAAAGUAAACUAAAUGUGCCCACGUAACAACGGCAGCAGCAGCGAUUUAAUAGAAAGCAGCCGCAGCAAGAUCCAGAUUAAUGAGCGUAUUUCGGGGAAACGUGGUUGGGUUAAAGUUCAACAGUUUGUCGGUCCCAUCCUCCGGCGGAGGCACACCCCUGCAGAGGAGGAAUAGUAACAAUGUGACGAAAAAAGUGGGCACCCUGUUUGCCGACUUGCUCGAAGAGGAGACGGAUGAAGUGGGAGGAGGACUUUUUCUCGAAAUCGCCCUCUGGCAUGAGGACAGUGACGACGUUGUCGACGACGCCACGACCAGUAUCAGUAGGGGAAUUAAUAACACCAUCACCACCAUGGCCAACUUUGGAGAUAGCUGCUGCCAUUAUUGUGGCGAGGCCGCAGUGGGUCCCAUAAUGACGGCGGGGUUGACCUCCUUCCAUCCGGAGUGUUUUCGCUGCUGUAAAUGUCAACUCUGCAUCGGAGACGAUGAACAGUUCGCACUGGUUGGGUUAUCAACUCUUUACUGUUCUGGAUGCUGGAAGAAGGAGCCUUAUCCCCUGGUUGAGAAUCAACACGUAAUAAAAGUGGUAAAGAUUCCUCCAUUAACGCGAGACAGCACGCAGUUCAAGUUACGCAAGGAUUGGCGAAGGGGAAGCGAAUGUCUCGGCGGAGAUUCUUACGACGUCCUGGGCUCCAGUGUUCCACAAGUCUCAGAGGUGGGACGCGUGGGAUCAGAAUGUCAACUAAAUGUCGGGGACAGGAUAUUGGAAGUGAAUGGCAAGCCGGUGACGGAUCAUCCACUUCCAGACAUUGAAAAGGUCCUCAACCACAGAACGGCAGCCGUUCAGGUCACUGUCGAGCAGAAGCCAACGAACGUGGUUGAAAUGCCGUCUCGUAAACUGGAGGAGUCAAAAUCGUUCGGAUCUCUGAGCAGUUUGGAGCUGCGGAGUUGCAGCUGGGACUUUUGGGGCAGUUAUGACAACAAGUCACUCACAGAGGACCAGAGACUGAUGAGUAGCAAGAGGAGGGAGCAGGACCACCGGUCAAGACAGCCAAGGAGGGGAAAAGGGUGUGAGGAGAGGGCGGCGUCCUUGUCGCGUCUGUCUGACUGUUCUCCGACCCCUCCAGGGACCAAGUCGGGGUUAGCGAGGACGCUCUCCUUCCGAGAACAGGCCCGCUCCCAGUGCACCUUCAGAGCUUGCGAUCUCGUCAAGGGCGAACUCCUCGGAAAGGGAUUCUUCGGCCAGGUUUAUAAAGUUACCCAUUGCGAAACGAAGGAGAUCAUGGUCCUGAAAGAACUCUAUCGACUGGACGAGGAGGCACAACGAAACUUUUUGAAAGAGGUGGCCGUAUUGAGAAGACUGGAGCACCCCAAUGUACUCAGGUUUAUCGGCGUGUUGUACAAGGAGAGGAAGUUGCACCUCAUCACGGAGUACGUAAAGGGGGGCAGCUUACGCGAGUUGAUUCAAAACGUGCAGCAUUCCCUGAGUUGGACGAUACGGUGUCGUAUCGUGCACGACAUUUCGUGUGGGAUGGCUUACCUCCACUCCAUGGGUGUCAUCCACAGAGACCUGAGUUCACACAACUGUCUCGUUCGAGAGGACAUGAGCGUGGUGGUGGCAGACUUCGGCCUGGCGAGAAUUACGAGUGAAAUGAGUCUGCAAGAUAGAUCUCGAGCGAGUAAACGGGGCAGGAGGAUUGAGAGAAAGAAACGGUACACGGUUGUAGGGAAUCCGUUCUGGAUGGCGCCAGAGAUGAUGAAGGGGAACAAAUAUGAUGAGAAAGUUGACGUUUUCUCGUUCGGUAUUAUUACUUGUGAAGUUAUCGGACGAGUAAACGCCGAUCCAGACUUUCUCCCCCGGUCCGGCGACUUUAGCCUGAAUCAGCAAACAUUCCUGGAAAAAUUCUGCGCCGAAUGUCCCGAACCUUUGUAUCGCAUUGCCUUCAUGUGCUGUGAUCUCAACCCAGACAAAAGGGCAUCAUUUGAAAUCCUCUCUUCCUGGACGGAAUCCGUCGCAUCCAGCCUGACACGAAACCUACCCUUUCCAAAAGAUCUACUCGCUGAGAUUCGUGACUACGUGGGGACACACUCCUCUCGCAGCCCCACCUCCUCAGAGUCCACCACACCCGACACGUCAUUCACCUACAUGACCACAUCGUCCGGAGCGAGCAGUAACUCAAGCUCUGGAAGUCUCCCUUCUUCCGCAACGGACACGAAUUCUUCCUCAUCGUCAUCCUCAGCCUGCGUUGAGAACACGCUGUCCUCCGCCUGCUCGUCCCUCUCCACCUUCACGAACAAAUCGGGGGGACGGCUCCAUUCCAUUUGUGAAGUUGACCAUUCCAGCAAUAAUAAUUCCAUGAAUAGUUCCACCCUGUCUAGUCCAGAAUUGGAGCAGCAGCCCAAGAGCAACUCCUCCCCCAUUACAACAAUCACGUGCAAUCAUACCAACCCCCUCCACACUAAUAGUAGUAGCAAUGGGAGACGCAUGUCGGCCUCGCCCUCCUAAAAAAAUAAGUCUAGAAUAUCUCUCCUUCUUAUCCUGCAUACAUAUUACGUAUAAAUAACUUAGUUAGUAGUAUUUACAUAGUCACCGUCCCACCACCAACCAACUUUUUGCACAUUUUAUAGAAAUUCGCAACCUAACGUAUUAUUGUUAACGUCGUCGUUAAAAAAAUGUAAAAUUAACUGGAGAAUUACAGACAACGAAUCAAACGAAGAAGAGGAGUAUUACAAUUUAGUGAAACGAGUGUAAAAAUUUGUACAUUUUCUAGCGCAGGAUUCAGAUUUAAGAAUUAUGCAAUUUUUCUCGCCGUAUGCACCUUCGGAAUCGUUCUAUUAGAUAAGACGAAGAUGAUAAAAACAAGGCUUAAAAAUGACGAAGUGGAGAUUAUAAAAAUUAAGAAAAAUUUCUAAGACAUAAUUUGAUAUCAGCUCUUUAUCAAUGAUUUGAUUAAUGUCAAUAGUAAUAGUUUUGUCUCGGUUGGGCGAAUCUGAAGUAGACUGUGAUCAUAAAGUCAAACAAAAAUCAGUACUGAUACUCUUAUUAAUAUAAAAUAAAAAGGGGGUAAUUAUUAAUAAAAUAAUUAAUAUAAUAUUUCGGAGAACAAGCUUUUUGUAAAGGGAGGAGAAGAAAUUUCCAUAAAUUAAGAAGGUGAGGAACUAAUAAGUUAGAAAGAGAGAGGGAUAUCACAGAUAAGAAGUUAUCGGUUUAUGUAAUAAUACAGAGGUGCAAAAAAACAGUUAAAAUCAUUCACUGAUUUAAAUAAACACUUUUUUGUUACAGCGAUAAGAUGUCUUUGUUCUCUUAAAGUUAUAAUUUAUUCUGAUGUAUCCGAUACUAAUUUUCCAUUUUAUGUGAUGAUUGGCGGCUGUGAACAACUAAAUAUUUAAAUAUCUGUCGCCCGUGACUGUUAACUAUACAAUUAAACUGUUGAGCUAUCCGUUAAUUAUUAAUCAUUUCUUUCCAAACUAAAAUAGGUAUCCGGCGCAGUUGAAUAUGAAACAUAUUAACGUCUAGUGAAUAAUAUGCAUGUUUCUCCGUCGUUGAUGGUGAAGACUUUUGCUAACAUACUUUCUUGAAAUAUGAUAAGCUGUCUUUGUAUAUGCUCGCAUUUUUAUAAAAUUGUAAAUUUAUACGGUCAAAUCGGAUUUUCUAUUGGAAAUAUUUAGUGUACAAAUAUUUACGGAUUAACUUCGUUGGUGCUGUACUGUACCGAAAGCGUGGUUCCACUAAAAUAUUGAACUAAAAUAUUCUCUGUCCUCGUCACGUUACCAACAAAACCAAAUCUGUAAUUUAUUUACUUGCCUAAUUUCCUUAAUUAUCUAUUAUUAACCUAUUAUGUAUGCAGCUAAAUAUUUAUAUUUAAUUAUAUAAAAGAUAUUAUUUUGUCACUAUUACGUUAAAAACAAUCCCCGUCUCUACAAUUGUUUAAAAUUUCAAUAACCAAAGAAGUUAUCCGGGAUUCCUCCCGUGAAGAAAUACUACACACAUACUUUAGUAAUUUCUUACCCCCAGAAAUGUUUAAUCGUUGCAAUUAUAAUUUAAUUUUAAUUUAGAUCAUGUAGUUCUAAAUAUAUAUAAUUUAAUUUUGCCGUGUUUGCGAAAUUAUUAAGGAGUAUUAUUUUGAAAGAGGAGGAGAAUAAAUAAAUAUUGCCGAGAUUUUUGACGGAAAGAUAA